CCCGACAUCUCUCUCACUCCCACACGCCUUUACCCCUAUAUAUAACCUCAUCGAUCCCUCCCUCACCCCCUCAAACAAAACUCGAAAGAAAAAAAAUAAAAACACAACGUAUUCCGUUUAAUUUCCAUUUUCCACUUCCUUCUCCCAAGAAAGGAUGAUAGAUUUAGAUUGGAAAGCAAAAAUGGUAUCCUCCGAUCCCCCGAAUAAACCCCCCAGACUCUCUAGCAAGCUACAUGUCUCCAUCCCGGCUAUACAGUUUCGUGGCAUCUCAAAUACCUACCCGAUGCCCGCUUCCGACUCUGUUUGUUCAGCUUACGAGUACUAUCUCCGCCUCCCAGAGCUACGAAAGCUGUGGAACCGAAAAGAGUUCUCUAAGUGGAAAACAGAAUCUAUACUAAAACCAGCUUUACAAGCUCUAGAAAUCACUUUCCGCUUCGUUUCGACGGUUUUAUCCGACAAAAGACCGUACGCGAACCGGAGAGAAUGGACACGGAGGAUCGAGUCACUCACCACCUCUCAGAUCGAGUUAAUCGCGUCCAUCAUCGAAGAUGAGGCAGAAGAUAGCACAACGCGUGGCACGGCUCCAAUCGCGGACUUGAGCUCAACGGAAGGUGUUCUGGUUAGAGAUGGGAGUUACGCGGAGGUAUGGAAGGUUCCGGGCGAAACCACGGUGGUCAAUAAAACCAGCGAGGCAAGCCUGCUUCCUAGGCUCGUCACGUGGCAGACAUCUGAAGACGUAGCACAGAAAAUCCUGUACUCCAUCGAGUGCGAGAUGAGACGGUGCCCAUACACACUCGGACUCGGCGAGCCAAACCUGAACGGAAAACCAACCCUGGAAUACGACACUGUUUGCAGGCCGAACGAAAUCCAUGCCCUCAAAAGGAGUCCGUACGACCACAUCAAGAACCAGGAAAACCAAUCGGUGUACACCACACAUCAAAUCCUAGAGUCAUGGAUACAUGUGGCAAAACAAAUUAUCCAGCGCGUAACAGAAAGAAUUGGAAGCAAAGAAUUUUCAAAAGCAUCAAAUGACUGCUAUUUAAUCGAGAGAAUCUGGAAACUUCUAGCAGAAAUUGAAGACUUGCAUCUACUAAUGGAUCCAGAUGAUUUUUUGAGACUUAAAAAUCAGUUACAGAUGCGAUCAUUAGACGAAAAGUCCCCGUAUUGUUUUAGAUCGAGGGAGUUGGUGGAGAUAACGAAAUCGUGCAAGGAACUGAAGCAUAAGGUGCCGGAAGUUUUGGGUGUUGAAGUGGACCCAAAAGGUGGGCCCAGGAUACAAGAAGCAGCCAUGAGGUUGUAUAGUGAAAAAAAGGAGUUUCAGAAGGUUUAUUUGCUUCAGGCUUUGCAGGCAAUUGAGGGUGCUCUAAAGAGGUUCUUUUAUGCGUAUCAACAGGUGCUAGUUGUUGCUAUAGGGAGUUUGGAGGCCAAAGGGAAUGGGGUUUUGGUGAGUUCAGAGAGUGGUGACUCGUUGACUCAAUUGUUCCUUGAACCUUCUUAUUUUCCUAGUUUGGAUGCUGCUAAGACUUUUCUGGGAGAGUCUUGGAGUCAUGAACAACCUAAUAGGGUGGAGAGACGGAGUCGGAGGAAGCAGUGAAGAAAUCAGGGGGGUGGAAUCGGUGGGGGACUCGGUGGCGUCUAAACUAUAGGUUUUUUUUCCGCAUAGAUUAUACAGUUAUUCAUUGGAUACAUGUUUUUUAAUUGUUUCUACCAUCAAUGUAUUGGAUAUCAUAAGAUUUUGAUAUUAUUAUUCUUGUAAAAUUAUAUACCUUCUAUUGAUAUAUAUUUCCUGGGAUUAAAAUCA